AUGAGGCGCGGAGGUCAAAGGUUGGCGCGCCUGUCUCAGAAGCGACGCGGUCUGACAAAAGAGGCAGUCGCAGACGCCGGCGCGCGGCCCUGGGUCCCAGCACGCCUUCAAACAUGCAGCCAGCCCUGUGGCGGACUGCGGUCUUCUGGGAGCCCGCCGGAAGCUAGCGGCCGCCGCCGCCUCGCGAGUUACAACAAUGCGGCCACGCGUCCGGAAAAGGCGCCGACCAGAGGAAGGCCGCCGCCGACGCCGCCUCCGCAAUUACUCGCAACACGCGAGCCGCGAGAGCGAGGAAAAGCAGUGUGGGCGGGCGUCGUUAUUUUUUACCGGUCCCCAGGGCGGCGUAACAAUGGCGACCAAUUACGCGGCGGCGACUGGAGGGAGUUAACACAGCUGGAGAAGAGAGGGGUAGAUUACACGGGCGUUGCUGGAGGUAAGAGAGGCGUCCGUCCGCGGCGCGACGCGACGAGAGCGUGUGCCGACCUCUGGCGGAGCGGAUCCGCCACACAGCCGGGCGGCGGCGGGGGCGGCGGCGGCGGCGGCAGCAGCGCCGGGGGCGGCGCGGGCACAAUGCGGCGCCGGGAUUAA